ACCACAUAGGUAUCGCCAACAUAAGAAAAAAGUACAGUUUGAUUUGAUUACACUGCAAGUUUUUGCUUUAAUAAUAUCAUAAAAAUGUUUUCUAAUAACAUUGUAGAAAAUAGUUACGACCCUUUUCAAAUGUAUAAAAAGAAGCCCGAAACAGCCAGUCCUUUUAAUUUUGUUGAACGCUCGAAAGCACCUGUAACUACAGGAACAUCUGUCGUAGCAGUCUGUUUCAAAAAUGGAGUAAUUAUUGCCGGUGAUACAUUGGGUUCAUAUGGAUCUUUGGCAAGAUUUCGAAACUGCCCAAGAAUUAUUAAAGUAAAUGAUAACAUAAUCUUAGGAGCUGGUGGAGACUAUGGAGACUUCCAAUAUGUAAAAGACCUAAUCGAACAAAAAGUCAUUGACGAGCAAUGUUUGGAUGAUGGUUUUAGCCUUAAGCCAAAAUCCCUAUACUGCUGGUUAACCAGAAUUAUGUACAACAGACGUAGCAAGUUUGACCCGUUCUGGAAUAAUUUUGUUGUGGGUGGACUUCAGGAUGGAGUACCCUUCCUUGGUACUGUAGAUAAACUAGGAACUGCUUAUUGUGAUAAAAUUGUCUGUACUGGUUAUGGUGCUUACAUUGCUAUUCCACUAUUGAGAGAUGCAUUUGAAAAGAACCCAAAUCCAACAGAACAAGAAGCACGUGAUUUAGUGGUGAAAUGCAUGGAAGUUCUGUUUUAUCGAGAUGCUAGGAGUUUUCCAAAAUUUCAGCUGGCAGUUAUUACAAAAGAAGGUGUCAGUAUUGAAGGGCCACUGGACAUUAAACAAAACUGGGAAGUUGCAUAUGUGACCCAGAAUUAACUGUAUUUCAAUACUUAUCAAAUUUAAAAAUAAUCCUGUUUUUUUAUAUAUUUCAAUAUGAUUAAAAGAAACAAUAAAGAUUAUAAGAAUU